AUGCUAGUAUUAUCGCAUCAUUCAAACUUUAUUAUCAUUACCUUCAACUUCAACAUGCUAUUAAUCAUGAUAAAGCCAGUGAAAGAGAUGUAUAUAAAGUUAAUCAAUUGCAGAUAUUAAAAUCAAUUGGUCAGUUAGUUGGUCAAGUUGGAGCUAAUAGAUUUAAAAUUUCUACUAUAGUUGAAGCUAAAAAUUAG